AUGAUAACCUCAAUAAUCAAGAUAUCUUUGAGAUCAUUUUCUCUGAAUACAGUCUUACGGUCAUCUUAUCAUGCGGUCACCCGAAAAACUUUGGCUGAUAUAGGCCAACUUUAUGAGUCACUGCAACCAAUUACAAUGGUUACUGCGCAUGAUUUUAUAACGUCUCGUAUGGUGGAUCAAGCUCAGGUAGAUAUCAAUCUUAUUGGGGACUCCUUGGCCAACACCACGUUAGGAUUGCAAGAUACUAAUGAAUUAGAGUUCGAAGAGUUCUUAUAUCAUGUUAAAUCAGUUCAAAGAGGUAAUCAAUCUUCAUUAUUAAUUGCAGAUCUUCCGUUUGGAUCAUAUGAACAAUCACCUGAACAAGCUAUAGACAGUGCCGUUAAGUUAAUCAAAUAUGCUAAAAUUCAAGGUGUAAAGCUAGAAGGAGGUGAUGAAUAUACUUUACCUACUAUUAAAAGAUUGGUUACAAUUGGAAUACCAGUUAUGGGACAUGUUGGAUUAACUCCUCAAAAACAUAAUUCAUUAGGAGGUUAUAGAUUACAAGGUAAUUCAGUGAAAAGUGCUUUACAAAUAUAUCAAGAAUGUUUAGAUAUUGAAAAGGCUGGUGCAUUUGCCAUUGUAUUAGAAUGUAUGCCUAAUAAAUUAGCUGAAUAUAUCACUAACAAUAUCUCAAUCCCUACUAUUGGUAUAGGUGCUGGACCAUCAACUUCAGGUCAAGUUUUAGUUAUAUCUGAUAUGUUAGGAAUGAAAGAUCCAAGUGAAAAUCAUGUGGCGAAAUUUGUUAAAUCUUAUGAAAACUUUUUCACUAAAGGAGUUGAAGCUAUAAGCUUAUAUCAUAAGGAAGUCAAACAAGCACAAUUCCCAGUUGCAGAAGAACACGGAUACAAAAUCAAACGUGAUGUGUUUGAAGAGUUCAAAAAGAGUGCUGAACAACUCAAAUGA